AAAUCCCUGAAUGCAUUUCUUCUGAUGGGGACGCGCACACCUGUUGAACUAUAUACGGCGAAUAAAGAAAUACAGUACUGCUUUUUAGCCAUUCUGUUACGCGAGGCAACAUUGUAACAUCCAAGUUUACCAAAAGUUUUUUCUUUUUUAAUUCCAAUUUCCAGUAGUUGAUGUAAAACUAUUUAGAAAGUUGCUUUUUGUGACGCAGUUCAUUGAAUUGCCGCGUCAGUAUCCUGAUAAUGUUGAUCGGAAGCUAAAAUGGUUUUGCUCUAUGAUUGACGCUGUAGCGCUUUAUUCUAACCCCGCCCCCUGUUCUCUUGCCACGUGACAUGACCAAGAUUCCGGAAUCCGCCCAGUGUUUGGUUUCCAACAGCAACCAGAAGCGCAGACAGAGCGGAGUUGGGCAUCAGAUGAACGAUCCAUUAUAUCUUAUAUAUAUUAUAUCUUAUAUAUAGAUUUUUUCGUUAUUAUGGCAACAGGACGUGGAUUGUUUAACAAACAAUUCAGUGAUCAUCUUAAAAAACAGAAGCCUGAGGUAGUUAUUCCUGCGUUGCAUCGAGUUCCACCUAAUCCGACACAUUCAAGAGCAAAACAAGAAAAGAGCAAAGAUAAUUCAACCAUUUCUCCUCAAAGAAAAAAUAACACAAAAUCUCAUCACAGUGAAAAAUCAUAUAUCGAAACCAUACCUCCUGAAUUAUGGCUCAAGAUAUUUUCCCAUUUAGACCCUGUCUCUCUGCUUUCAGUUGGAAGUGUCAAUAGAUAUUUCUACAAGCUGUCCAAGGACAAUUUAAUUUGGUAUGCAGUGUUCACCUCUUACACUCCUAUGAGAUCUUACAGCUGGAAACCUAAGACUGUGGCUGCAGUCCAGCUACAACUAAGUGCUACUGACUUAAACGAUAAGGAGCCUGGAUACUGGAAGAAUAUAUUUAUGAGUCAAAUGAUCACACACAGAAAAAAAAGAAUACAACAGAUUCUCCAUUCUGUAAAAAGUAUUUCUGGUGUUCCAGCAAAUAUAGAGAAAGCAGUCAAAUUGUCUGGCCUGACGUGGGCAGUUACCUUUAAAGAUACAAGUGGGAAGGAAACUGUAAUGAAACAAAUGGAUAUCUGUUUUAGUCACACGUCUCUAUCUGUCGUUUGGUGUGGUUUGGUAUGGCCUUGUAUAAAAUCACUAACCACAGUGCAAGUUCAUGGAGUCACACCAAUGAUAUUUGAUAAAUAUAUAAGUCCUUCCAAAAAAUGGCCCAAUAGACUCUCCCUCAUUGCUGAAUAUGACUUAAGGAGCCUCAUGGAGUCCUGUGAGUACAUUGGUCAAGACAAAUAUGUAAAGCUUUUGCAUCUUAAGCCAGGUCUUCUGCUUGCCCUGUGGAAGAAGAGUUUUGAAAUUGCAUUUGUGAUUGCAACGCUACAUUAUCACCAACUUCUUGAACUAAGCACAUUAGGAUCAGCUGAUAACAUAUACACAUUUCCUCCACAUGCCCCUGUCCUAGAUGAUAUUGACCCCAACUAUGGUCUUCAUGGCUACCAACUACACAUUGACAUGCACAGUGGACUUAGGACCUACUUAUGUGGAACGUAUCGUAGUUUAUUUUGCAGAAAAGAGUACAUCAAAGAUGGCUUUCUUAGACUUUCUGUUAUAGCAUUAAAGAACAGCAAACAACAUGCCCCUGUUGUUGGAAAUAUAGGCUUUUCGUGGAAGACGCAGACUUUUGAAGGCAACAUACAGAACAGCCUUAUCAUGGAUGCUUUGGUUUUGGAUGAAACAGAAAAGCCAUUUUGGUGUUUCAGUGCACCAGUUAGCUUACAUACUUCCAAAGCUUCAGAAACACUUUAUGACUUUAUGGGUGAAAGCUUUUUUAUUAGAUAUCAAGACUCCAUAGGAAGAAUUAACAUUGAAUUAGUUUGGGUGAAAGAAUCCGAGGAAUAUUACAUAGUCAACAUGGUCCUAUUCUUAAGUACAGAAAAAGUAAACCGCUGGUUUGGAACAAACUACUAAAUAAAGAAAGCUUUAUAUUAUGGUUUCCUGGGCUUGAAACGAUGACUCGCUGUUCAACUGAAGUGAAGGAAAUACAGAUGGCGAGAGAUGAUUUACUAAUAAAGGAUCCAUAAUACACCAUAUAUGGUUAAUAUUGUUUGUUUUGGUGUUCCUUUAUUUUUCUUUUUAAAUUAUUUUUGUUUGUUAGAAAAGGUUUGUUCGGAGUGAGAACAAUUUGAAAAUUAUUUUGACUAGAGAGGAAAAUUAUUAUACUAAGCCAGUGUUUGAAGAUCUACUAAGAAAUUCAGACAAGCAGGAUUUUCGAAAUUCUUUUUGGAAACUUCCUUUUCUCCAUUUGGAUUCACAUGGUUUUUCCAGUCUGUAUGCCGUCAUAUUCAGUUUGUGCUGGUUCAUGGCAGAGUUGGAGGAUUAAUCACUGUUGGUGUCCGUAUGCUCAUAGUAGCCAGUUAAGAUUU